AUGCGACUGUUUGCGCUGGUGUGCCUUUUAUCUGCGGUGUUCGCGUCAAAGAGUAAUGUAGAAGUUACGAAAAAUUACCACACAGAGAUUGGCAUACCGUUGGCCAGUAGGAUCAAAGCGGCCGAAGAUGAAUUUUUUGCUGGACUGGGGAACAACGCGAAUAGGAUUGUUGGCGGCUGGGAAGCUCCACGUUAUGCACACCCGUACAUGGCCGGCCUAGUCAUCACAUUCAUAAAUACCCCUGGAACAUCAGCCUGUGGAUCCUCACUUAUUUCAGCCAACCGGGUAGUUACCGCCGCCCACUGUUGGGCCAGCGGAAGGUUACAAGCUAGACAGUUCAUCGUGGUACUGGGAUCGCACUUCCUGUUCACUGGAGGCACUAGGAUCCCAACCGACCAUGUUGUGAUGCACCCUGGAUGGGAUGUACAGAUGGCAUCUUUGAUUAACGAUGUAGCUGUUAUUUACUUACCUUAUCCAGUUGAAUUUACGCAGGCGAUUCAGCCGGUGAGUUUACCACACAACAGCUUGUGGGAUUCCUUUGUGGGUCAAAUGGCAACAGCGGCUGGAUUCGGAAAAACAAGCGAUUCGCAAACCGGCGUGUCGGUGAACUCGUUCGUGAGUCAGGUGAACGUGCAGAUCAUCUCAGUGGCCCAGUGCCAACGGGUUUUCGGCACUAACCACGUGCGACACAGCACCAUUUGCACGGACGGUGAUGGCGGCAUUGGGAUAUGCGGCGGAGACUCCGGCGGGCCGCUCGUUGUUAUACGCAAUCAUGAACACAUCUUGGUUGGUAUUAGCUCUUUUGUCGCUGGGUCUGGUUGCGAGCUCGGCUUCCCGUCUGCCUUCGCCAGAGUUACCAGUUUCUACAACUUCAUCUUGCAGAACAUGUAG